AUGGCUCGCACCUCGCUGCUGUCCAAGGCCCUGCUCGUGGUCGGCGUGGUGUCAGUCUUGCAGCUCUUCCGCCGAGAGGAUGCCUUCGUAACUCCGAAGCUGAGGGGCGAGGCCGCAGCAACGAUGGCCGCGGCCCUCCUGGCAGCCAGCGUCGCAGCUCCCGGACCAGCCCAGGCGGAGAGCCCGAAGCUGUCCUUCUUCGGCCUCGGAGGCGGCGUCUCCGACGUCUACAACCAGAACGACAACCCGAUCAACCCGUACUCGCAGUUCAGCGAGGUCGGAGACGAGUCCGUCUACAAGGCCCGCACCGACCAGGAGGUGGCGCGCAGGAAGAAGGCGCUCGCGAACUCCUUCGAGCGCUUCGACAAGACCGCCUUUUACAUCAAGACGAAGCAGUCGCAGCAGCUGACCUCCAACCUCCAGGAGGCUGCUGGCUUCAAGCAGGACAUGGUGUACUUCUCUGGUGCCGAAGGUUCCCCGGCUUACAACAAGGCCCGAGAAUUCUCGCAGAAGAUCUCCACCGUGGGUGUGGAUGGCCGCAACAAGGAGUCUUGGCUCUUGUACGCGGUGGGCGGGGAGACGGGUGUGGUCGGUUUUAUCACCCGCUGGCGCCCGAUCUUCUUUGCAGCGGCCUCGCCACAUGCAGAGGAGACGGCAGUUGAAGCUGCUGAACUUUUGGUGGAGGCAGGUGCUGUUCCCUCGGCGAUCUCCACCUGCAGCGCGGUGGCUUUGUGCUUCAAGAAGCUCCUCAGCACGUUCCUUGACGUGGAGAGGUCCGAGUUGAACCGCUAUUUUGCGGUCCGGCAUUUGGGCGCCACUUGGUGCUUCCAGAGCCCAUCCAGAAUCGGCGAAUCCAAGCAUGUGGAGAUCCUGACAACCGACAGCCAGGAGGAGAGCGACAACUCCUAUGACUUCUGCCUCCGGGCCCACCACACCGUGCGUGGUGGGUGCAAGGAGAAGUGCUCCAGAGCGUUCCCGCUCAGACCCUUGAAGGAGCUGUUGGAUCCCCGGACUUUAACUUUCGGUGGCCAGUGGGUGGAGGCAGAGCUUCCGGAUUCCAUCUCUGUCACCACUCUCGGUUGGCCGAGAGACUUUUGGGAGCGGCCUUGGGCUGCCUGUGCGGACCCUCUUCCGCGCAGCUCCGCUGGCUCUGCUCGCAUCCUCCGACGAAGGCGACGUCGGGUCCCGGACGUGCUUGUGCACCAGCGGGAUGAGAAGAAUGAGGUGUUUCGGUAUCCGAAUGCAUUGGGCCGCUUCCGAGACUCCGGGCUGGACUACCACGGCGCUGUUUUGUACGUGCACAAUGGUGAAGCCAUUGACAUCUGGCCUCCGCUCUUUCUCCGCCACUACAGCAACACAAAGGAGUGGUGCGUGGAAAUGGGCUGGUGUUACAGCGAGGGCUGCUUUGAGUCCGCCGGUCCUGUUGAGCCGUGCAAGUCGGUGCAGGACGGGUGCCGGCAAGGAGCGGAGGUGAUGUGUUUACGAGAAGGCCGGUGGCACCUCAAAGACUGGAUGCAAACGUAUCCGGAUCUCGCGCUUGGGGUUGAGAAGUAUCACACCGGCGACUUUCCCGCUGCCCUUUCAGUACUGCCGGGAGUGCAUCAGACCCAGGCAGGCCUGGCCAGGCUGUAUCUGCUCCUGGGUGACUUCCGAGGUUGGGAUACUCCGCGAAUGCGUGCCGUCGAGCUUCCUGCAACGGAGAUUCCAACCAAGCGGCAACCGGAGACAAGGCUUCGGAAUCGGCAUGUGGUCGUGGUCCGCGUGCCGAAAGCCAGCUCCUCGAGUUUGGCCUCGCUCUUCGUGCGGAUCGGCCGUACCUUGGGCCAUCUCGUCCCUACUGGCGCCGGCGAAAAGGCUCUUCGGCGUCGCCUAUCGAAGAGACGAGUGAUGCUGGCCAGCAGGCAUGUACUUCCACGUGCAGCCUGGGAUGUUUGGAGAGCGACGCUGCCGGAGUUCCUGGCCGUAGCGAGCAUCCGCCACCCAUUCAAGCGCUGCCUGUCCUCCUUUUACUAUGAACACUACACCGAAGCUGGCCCACCAAGCACAGUCGACAAGCUGGCAUGGCUGCAGUCUUCGUGCGACAGCAGCGGAUUCACCGAAUUCACGACGUGCUGCAGCAAUUUUCAGUAUGAGUUCUUGUCCUUAUGGGCCAACCAAACUAUUUCGGAUCUCAUCUCGAGGUACCAUUUCCUGUUCGUGACGGAGAGGAGGGGUGCCUGCUUGCUUCAGUCUUCGCAACUGCUCCUGCCUCGAAGUCACCAAGCCAGAGGCCAAACUUGCCCCAGACGCGUGGGUGCCAAGGGGUGCUGA